AUGCUGCGCGAGAAGGCCGAUAUGGGGGACCCGAAGGCGAUGAGCGACCUGGGCGCCACUUACUUCCAGGGCGACGAGCUUCCCCGCGAUCACUCCACCGCCUUCGCGUGGUUCGAACGAUCGGCGACCGCCGGUUACACCCUCGCGUUCGUCAACCUGGCCACCUGCUACCGCGAGGGGCUCGGCUGCCCGAAGGACGAGCGGAAGGCGGAGGGUGCGUACUGGUUUCGACGCGGCGCGGAAGCCGGGUCGCUGGAGUGCUCGUACCGGUGGGGCGUCUGCUGCGCCACGGGCACCGGCGCGGAGAGGGACUUCGGAAACGCGGCCGAGGCGUUCAGGUUCGCCGCCGAGCGCGGGCACGCGGGCGCCGCCCUCGACCUCGGCCACUGCCUCAUGAACGGCCUCGGCAUCAUAGGCGGCGCGAAGAAGUCCAUGGCGGCGUGGUACGAGAGAGCGGUGGCACUCGGCGUCACGGACGCGGCGGCGGCGUUGGGUCGCAUGCACAGGGACGGCGUGGGCGGGGAUGAGACGACGCGUGAUUUGGACGAGGCGUCCAAAUGGUUCCGAAUCUCCGCCGCCGGGGGCGACGACGCUUCGGCUCAGGCGCUC